AUGAAGAUCCUAGAGGCCCAGUCGGCCGUGCUCACCAACUACGAGGUGUACCAGCACCUCACCGAUAUACGCAAGAGGAACAACAGUAGCCAGCCUAAGAGACGGAUGCCCGAAGAUGCCUUCCGGCUCAGCAAGGAGGUCCUCGAGUAUUUGGAGACGAAGCCAUACCCGCUGCACGACCAAAAGGAGAAACAGCACUACAGCCAAGCCACCCUCGAAUUGCUCUGCGAGAAGCUGGCGGAGAAGUUUCCCGACAUCACCAAGGCCGAAGGUCUCGCCAUUUUCGACGUGCGACCUACCAAUAUCCCAGUUUUGGCUAUAAUUGUCGAGUCGCUCGAGGACCGGUACACCGAAGAGGAGCAGCAGCAACUCGUUGAUCUCGUUAUCGAGGUCCUUGGACAAGAUGACCCCGAGCCUGAAGAAGAAGAAGGCGAGGAAGGCGCUGAGGAUGGAGACGCAGUUCAGUCUGUUGAGACUGCCAACGGCGCAUAG